AGCUUUGGCCUGUCUUGUUGUUUGAGUUACCUUCUUACGAGCAUGAGUGAAUUUCUGUUUAUCAGUGGAUAGUCCGGAUUUCAAGCUCUGCUUUAGUAGUUGGUCUCUAGAUUUCAUGAAAUUCCUGCACUGUAGAUUCAGCCAGGGAAGAUGAUGUUCCUUCCUGUCCCUAAGGCACCCUCUCCUUGAGAAGGAAGACAUUGCAUCGUUAAUUUUAGAUAUAAUCAGAUUACUGUUUUCACCAAUGUCUUCAGAGGACAGAGUGUCCCCCCAAUCAAUCAUUUUCACUGCAUCCAUAAAACGUUGUUGCAGGUUUUUGGGGAUGAAGCGUGAACCCAAGGCAGGGGUUUUAGGUGUGGCCAUGAACCUUUUUUUUGUGAGUUUCCUGGCAAAAAGAAUAAGAUUAUGGUCAGAAAGACCAGUCAGGAAGUUGUAGGUUUGAACUAUUCCGUCAGCUUUGUUUGUAAAUAAUAAAUCUAUCAUAGUCUUGGAGGUUUUGGUCAUUCUAGUCGGUUGAUCCAUUAGUUGUAUUAAGUUGUGUUUAUCCAUGAUCCGUUGUAAGCUCUUUCUAUUUUGUUUGUCAUUCCAGUUUAUAUUAAAGUCUCCUACAAUAAUUAGCUCUUUGUUGGAGUCACAGGAAUUCAGCAGGAGUUUUACCUGGUCAUAGAAAUCCAUCUUAGCGGUGGUUUGUCGACACAGGCAAAUCAUGGUGAGGGACAUUUCCUCAGAUAGUGUGAUUUCCACACCAAUACAAUCAAACUCAAUAUUAGCCGGGAGUGCAAUCUCCCUACAAGUAAUGGUAUUCCUCACAUAAAGCAACACGCCACCUCCUUUUCCCUUCAGUCUGUCCAUCCUAAACACAUUAUAUCCUGCCAUAGAUACAAUAGUGGAUGGUGACCACUGCUUUAGCCAAGAUUCAGAUAUUCCCAAACAAUCAAUAUUGGACUCAAGGAGGAGAUGUUCUAGCUGUUCAGGUUUAUUGCGGAUGAUCCAUCUGUAUUAACCCUUAGAUACUGUACGACCCUCAUUUCCAUGAAAUGGGGUUGGUUUCACUUUCAUGACUUCAUCAACUAAUUUAUUUUCUCUUUGCAUUAAGUAGGCAAGGGUCAAUUUAAGGUUCUGGGAUUAGCCUUGAUGGCACAAUUUGCAAACAGUCUGGGAGGCACACAUUGACAGAUUGUAGUUUAUUUCCAAAGUUUGAAUUGGCAUUUCUCGCUCAUCCGAGACUUUCCCAAUGCUAAUCUAGCAGCCAUUUUAUUCAAUCAAUUAAUAGAAGGCCUGCACACAAGCAUGAACACCAGUUUAUCUCCAGAUUUUUCCAAUCUUAACAUGCUUUUAUGAUAAGGGAAACAAAGGUCAGAAAACACUUAGGAGUACUUAGACAGAUAAUAAAAACACUAACAGGGAAACAUUUUCAGGGAACUUUUGAUAUCCGUUGAUGAUCCUUCAUACUUUUUUUUUAGUUAGGUUUGAAUGUAGGACUUUUACUUCUAGUAUUCAGGUUAUUCUUCUACCACUAAUAUUAUAAGAAAAUGUGUAGAUUAAUUUACAAAACAGGCUGCAGAACACAAAGGGGAUGUUCUGAUUUACAGCAAAACCACUUCCAUGUUACUAUCUGCUGCUGUCUAGAAGGAUUAACUCUUGAGUAAAUGGGAUUAAAAUUAACACACUCCACCUCUCAUUAAUCAGCGAGUGAUAAAAGCUCAGAUGUGACAAAACGAGGAGAUAGAGGCUGGACUUUGCUCCUCCACAUAUGAGGCCAUCUCUGUGUCUGGCUCAAAGUUCAGGUCCCACACGCACACAGUUUCAGGACUGCCUCUGAGUGUGUUUGUGAUUUCCCUCAGUCUCUGAACUCUUGCUAUUGAGCUUUCUGAGUUCCAGAAUGACCCGUUGGGCUCUCGUUGCUCCCAUGCUGCUCCUGCUGGGCCUGUGCCUCCACAGUGCUCUCAGUCAGGAUGUUGAGGAGCCAGCUGCUGAAACCCCACCACCACCACCCCCCCCAGCCUCUGAUGGCACACAGGGGGAGGGGGAGGACGGUGAUUGGGGACUAAACUCCGUGAGAGGCGGCUUUGAGUCGGUCGGCGGAUACUUUGACUCCAUGCUGGAGUUCAUGGGGGGACGUGAUGGAGUGUGCCAAUACCGCUGUCGACAUGGUAAAGCUCCUCUUCCUCGCCCGGGCUACCAGAUGCCUGAACCUGACGGCUGUGGCUCCUACUUCUUUGGUCUUCCUGUUCCAGAUGGGGUGGACAUGGGCAUCCCCGCCAUGACCAAGUGUUGCAAUCAGCUGGACAUGUGUUACGACACCUGCGGCUCCAACAAGUACCGCUGCGACUCCAAGUUCCGCUGGUGCCUCCACAGCAUCUGCUCCGACCUCAAGAAGAGCCUCGGCUUUGUGUCAAAAGUUGAAGCAUGUGAAGCAGUAGCAGACACCACUUUCAACACGGUAUGGACUCUGGGCUGCAGGCCCUACAUGAAUGGACAGAGAGCAGCAUGCUUCUGUCAAGGAGAGGAUAAAGAUGAACUUUAGAUUAAAGAUUUUUAUAACAGCAUCAACUAGAGCAACCCAUCAGAAGAUGUUAUGGUGUUGUGAGGACUGCUGUGUGACUACUUGAAUAAUUUAUUUGUUUCAAGUUCUUGUUCUGGUUUUGUUCUGUCAUUAUUUUACCUUGCAGCAACAUUUAGAUGUUAUUUUCAAAUGUUUAACUGUGUUGCAAUUCCAAACUGUAUUUGUUUGUCUGAGGAGGUGCAUCAAUGUUGUCUGGAUUUUUAGUAUGAGAAUCAAUACAGUUGGAGAAGGCAUAUGAUUUUGGAAAAGCUAAAUGAUCUGUGCUGUGAACUCACCUCUAGUGCUUCACACAUUGGGUGUGUUCAUCCAAUGUGUGUGUGUUUCCUACUACUAAGGAUUGUCCACCAUAUGAAUA